AUGUCUCUUCCCAAGUCCCAAUACCUCAGCAAUACCUGGAAGGACGGUCUAUUCACGAAUAAAGUGGUCUUCUGCACCGGCGGGGCGGGCACUAUCUGCAGUGCCCAAGUGCGCGGCCUGGUCCACCUAGGCGCCGAUGCCUGUAUUGUAGGCCGCAAUGUCGAGAAGACCGAAAAGGCCGCACGAGACAUUGCCACGGCUCGCCCGGGGGCCAAGGUCAUCGGCAUUGGUGCUGUCGACGUGCGCAAGCUCGAAAGCGUCCAGAGCGCCGUGGACCGCUGCGUCAAGGAACUCGGAGCCAUUGACUUUGUGAUUGCCGGUGCGGCGGGCAACUUUCUCGCCUCAAUUAACCAACUGUCGCCCAAUGCCUUCAAGUCCGUCAUGGAUAUCGAUGUGUUGGGUUCUUACAACACGCUCAAGACCACGCUGCCCUACCUAGUGGAGUCUGCCCACAAGCACAAGGUAGACUCGAAGACUCUGAACCCGUCGCCAGCCGGUACCGGUGGGAGAAUCAUCUUUGUCAGCGCAACUAUUCAUUACAGGACCAUGCCCUUCCAAACCCACGUGUCUGUGGCCAAGGCCGGUGUUGACGCCUUGUCGCACAGCGUUGCCAUCGAGUUUGGUCCGCUUGGCGUGACCUCAAACAUCAUCGCCCCGGGCCCCAUCGCAUCAACCGAGGGUCUGGACCGCCUGCUUCCCUCUGAUUCUCUGGAAGAAUAUACCAAAUCCCAGCCGCUCGGCCGAUUUGGCUCCAUCCGUGAUAUCGCGGAUGCCACGGUGUAUCUCUUCGCCGACAGCGGAAGCUAUGUAUCCGGGCAGACGCUCGUUGUGGAUGGAGCAUCCUGGCGCAUGUCUGCCGGAGGUGCAGCAUACGGAAAGUUGAACUACCCCGACUUUCUCCUAUCGGGGGAUGCGGUUCCCAACGUCAAGGGACAGAAGUCGAAGUUGUAA